ACUGUGUAUUUGGGUAUGAGGCCCACUGUUGUGUUGCAUGGAUAUGAAGCUGUGAAGGAAGCCCUGGUUGAUCAUGGAGAAGUAUUUUCUGGAAGAGGCAGUUUCCCUGUGGGUGACAGAACUAGGAAAGAGCUUGGAAUCAUUAUAAGUAAUGGAAACAGAUGGAAAGUGAUGAGACGCUUCUCAGUCAUGACUCUGAGGAAUUUUGGGAUGGGGAAGAGGAGUAUUGAGGACCGAGUUCAAGAAGAAUCCCGCUGCCUUGUGGAGGAGUUGAGGAAAACCAACUCCUCACCCUGUGAUCCUACUUUUCUCCUGGGCUGUGCUCCCUGCAAUGUGAUCUGCUCUGUUAUCUUCCAUAAUCGUUUUGAUUAUAAAGAUCAGCAUUUUCUAUACUUUAUGGGGAAAUUUAAUGAAAAUGUGAAGAUUCUGAGUUCCCCAUGGAUCCAGAUCUGCAACAAUUUUCCUGCUCUCAUUGAUUAUUUCCCAGGGAGUCAUAAAAAACUUUUAAAGAAUAUUGGCGAUGUGAAACAGUAUGUUUUGGAGAAAGUACAAGAACACCAAGAAUCCUUGGAUAUGGACAAUCCUCGGGACUUCAUCGACUGCUUCCUGAUCAAAAUGAAUGAGGAAAAGGGCAAUCAACAGACUGAGUUUACCACAGAAGCCUUAAUAUACAUUGUGACUGAUCUUUUUGUAGCUGGGACAGAGACAACAAGCACUACUCUGAGAUAUGGUCUCCUGCUUCUGUUGAAGCACCCAGAGGUCACAGCUAAAGUCCAGGAAGAGAUUGAUCGAGUCAUUGGCAGACACCGCAGCCCCUGCAUGCAAGAUAAGAACAGUAUGCCUUAUACAGAGGCCGUCCUGCACGAGAUCCAGAGAUACAUUGACCUCGUUCCAAUCAAUAUGCCCCAUGCAGUGACCUGUGACAUUAAAUUCAGAAACUACUUGAUUCCCAAGGGCACAACCAUAAUUACAUCACUGACAUCUGUGCUGCAUGACAGCAAAGAAUUCCCCAACCCAGAGAAGUUUGACCCUGCCCAUUUCCUGGAUAAGAGUGGCAAAUUCAAGAAGAGUGACUACUUCAUGCCUUUCUCGACAGGAAAACGAAUUUGUGCAGGAGAAGGUCUGGCCCGCAUGGAAUUGUUCUUAUUCCUGACCACCAUUUUACAGAACUUUCAUCUGAAAUCUCUGGUUGACCCAAAGGAUCUUGAUACCACUCCAGUUUUCAAUGGACUUAUUUCUGUGCCACCUGCAUACCAAAUCUGCUUCAUUCCUAUCUGAAGAAGAACAGUCUGUUUGGCUGCUGCUGUGCUAUCAUCUGGAAUCUUCUCUUUGGGGCAUGCUCCAUCUCCUUCUCUGUCAGGCAUGUCUUCUCUGACCUGCUUCUCACCAUUCUAUUUCUUUGAAAUCCAGUGACCAUCCAACCCCCAUUAGACAGAGUUUCCACAAAUUCAUGUUUCCUAUUCAUAUACUGUAACGCUUGCAUUAGCCAUUCUGUAUUUUAACACUGUUGUGAGAUUUUACUAUGGCAUCACUGUAAAAAUGACAAA